AUGUUCACCUUCAGCUCGCUCGUCCAAAAGGCCCAAUCACUCAUUGAUCCCUCAGCGUCACCAAGCACGAGAAACUCCGAUGGAAGUCCUUCCAAGGCCGCUCUCUUUCGCCUCCAGUUCCGCCUUCCAGACUCCCAAACGCCACAGCACGAGAUCACUGCGGAGCUGUCCCUGUCUGCACCACACAGCUCACGAGCUUCAGCACAAGGGCCAAAGGAGAAGCAGAAACCACAAGAGCGAGGGACUACAUACGUAGGGAAGCUGCAUUUGAGCGAAAGCUUUCUGUGCUUCUCCACGCAGCCUACCAGCUUCCACCACAGUGCAAGCACGCAGGCUUCAAGCGCGUUCACUGGCCAGACUCAAGGAGCGGGGCCUGCAGGCAAUGGGUUCACCCUACCGUUGUGUGCUAUUCGAAGGGUUGAGCGGCUUCAAACACCCAAUAGUCUAUUCGCAUUGGCAAUCACGACAUGGAAUGGAUUUACUGCCCUCUCGGGCAAGCAGGGCAACUCAAGCGAUGCUCAACGCUUCACAGUACAGCUUGCGGGUAGCAGACAAGCCUCGGAACGCUUUUGUGAUGGAAUGAAGAAGGGCCUGAGGGACGGAGUCAAGGAGGUGGAGAAUCUGAAAGCAGUAAUCGGCGAAUGCUAUUCCGAGUAUCUGCUGUCUGGAGCCAACAAAGCGGAGCGGGAGAAUGCUUUGUUGGUGAAUGGAGUAAAGGAGCCACCAGACGCAGGACUUGGCAUGGUAUUCAGAUACCCAGGUGAUGCCAAGAAGCUGAGGGAGCAGAGUAAGAUGAGGCUAUGGAGAGAAUAUCUCCGAGAUAACGGCCGAAACGCUACACUCAUCCGACAACCUACGUUCCAUAAGUUGAUCAGAGUUGGCCUCCCAAACCGUCUUCGUGGAGAAACAUGGGAGCUCACAUCGGGAUCCUUAUACAUCCGGCUCCAGAAGCCGAGAUUGUUCACAGACACGCUAUCAAGAUACUCUGGACGUGAAUCUUUGGCUAUUGACGAGAUCGAGAAGGACCUGAAUCGGAGCUUGCCGGAAUAUCCUGGCUUCCAGAGCGAAGAAGGUAUCGGACGUCUUAGACGGGUCUUGACUGCUUACAGCUGGAUCAACGAAGAAGUAGGCUACUGCCAAGCUAUGAAUAUUGUGGUCGCAGCGCUUCUCAUCUAUAUGUCUGAAACGCAAGCCUUCUUCCUGCUCUCUGUUUUGUGUGAUCGACUUUUGCCUGGCUACUACUCUACAACCAUGUACGGUACGCUUUUAGACCAGCGGGUGUUCGAAUCUCUGGUCGAAAAAACAAUGCCGAUACUUUGGGAGCAUCUUGUCAAGUCGGACGUACAGCUAUCUGUGGUAUCAUUGCCUUGGUUUCUUUCCCUCUACAUUAACUCUAUGCCUUUGAUAUUUGCAUUUCGAGUUCUUGAUGUUUUCUUCUUGGAGGGUCCGAAGGUGCUUUUUCAAGUCGGCCUCGCCAUUCUGAGGAUCAACGGAGAGGAUCUCCUGGACAUCACUGACGAUGGCGCUUUUAUAUCAAUACUCAAAACCUACUUCUCGCGCUUGGAAGAAUCGGCACAUCCAAAGUCGGAGAAUGAGAAAUUUCGCGCUGUGACUAAAUUUCAAGAACUCAUGGUGGUUGCCUUCAAAGAAUUUGCAGGAAUCACUCAAAGCACGAUAUCCGAACAACGGGCAAAGCACAAAGAUGUCGUGCUUGAUAACAUUGAGAGCUUUGCCAGGAGGACAUCGAUCCGAAAUCUAGGACCUGAAAGUAAGCGUCUGAGCAUGGAUGAUCUGGGCUUCCUCUACGAUCGAUUUUAUGGCAUAUUGUAUGAGAGGGAGCAACGUAUACAGGUCAUGCGGGAAGACAUCGACCGACGGGCCAAAGCUAGAAACGACAAUGCUACAGAACUCGUUACUGGCAUUCCUGGCAAUUCCAGUAUUGAGAUAGGUCGUGUGGGUUUGGGACCUAGCCCGACUUUGAUGAAUUAUGAUAGUUUCAGGGAAUUUCUAGCCGGGAUCACCCGGUGGGCCAUCACAGAUGCACCUACAUCCCACAAAGACUCCAUGUCCGAAAGGGCGAGCAGCGUAUAUUCUGGGCACAGCGGAAGAGGGCGAAGCCCUUCGCUGUCACCAUGGGGUGCAGGCAACUCUGAGCCUGCAGACCACGACUUUAUGCAACGGCUGUAUGGAAAGUGGAACAAGGACGAUAAUGACGGCUUGAGCCUGCAGGAUGUGGUCACGGGUCUUGCACGCGUCAAAGGUACAACAGACAUCAUGACUAGCAUUAGCUAUUUCUUCGAUUUGUACGAUGACGAUCAUGACGGCAAAGUCGACAGAGAAGGCAUUCUACGCAUUUCGGAAGCUUUGCUCUUCCUGACGCGGAGAGGUCUUGGAGGCAGCUCAGUACCAUCGUCGAUCUCGAUCGCUUCCACUCUUGACGACGGGGUCGAUCCGAAAAGCUCAAGCGCAGAUGAAAGAUUUCUCGGCAGCAUCAGUGCCUUCAUUCGUCGCUGUUUCGAGUAUGCGGACCCUGACCAUCCCCAGAACCAAAGUAACAACCUCACCUCCUCUCCUAAUACCGAACUCAAUAUCAGUAUGGACCACUUCACAAUUGGCGACUCCGAUUCCGAAGGAGACCUCCUCGACCUCGGUAUCAAACCCACGUUGCUUCAACAAUUUUCGCCUUCGAAUCCAUCACCUCCCGCGCUACCUCGCCGCACCUCGUCGUUAAGCCACACCCAGUCUAAAUCCAUAUCCAAGCGAUCCGCCAACAUCGCCCUCGACCCGUCCAACCCUCUUCACAUCACUCUCCCAACCUUCCGUAUGGUAAUUCUCGCCGAUGAGCUGCUCCAACAGUUCUUUGAAUCUGCUUUCCCAGCCUCCUUUCAUCUUUCGGACCAUCCUGCUCAUUCACAUUCUCAAACACCACUGACGACCUUCUCCUCACCCACGCCCACCGUGCCUGCCGCACCUCGAGGCGGUAUUGUGCCACCUGUAAAGGGAUUGAGAGGUGUGUUGGACAACAUCGUGAGCGAUGGCAUGAGAGUAGCGGGCGAAGUCCGCAAGAGGGUAGACGAAGCACAGAGAGAGAUGGAGAGGAGUGCGUUACAACGCUCUGAAACCGAUCUCGACGACGAAGAAGAGAAAGGAGCGUAUGGCGUGGAGGCGGAUAGAAGGAGUGUGAGAGAGGGUGAUAGAGAAUUAUUGGAGGGAGAGGAGGCAGUUGUAGGAGUCGGCAGGGGUGGGAGCCUGCAGGUAGAAGAAGACCUGUUGGGAGGCAUGGAUGCAGAGGCUGACUCUGCAGAGAAGGGAAGGAUUGAGUUCGAGCGAUAA